AAAAACAUAAACACAACCUCCUCCUACAAGCUUACAACAUAAAUCGAAGAACGCAAUGAGAGAAAUUAUUCAUUUAUCAGCUGGUCAGUGUGGUAACCAAAUCGGUGCUGCCUUCUGGGAAACUAUCUGUGGUGAGCAUGGAUUGGACAACAAUGGUAACUACCAUGGUACCGAGGAGAUCCAGAGGGCCAAGUUGAACGUUUAUUUCAACGAGGCCUCCUCCGGUAAAUAUGUGCCACGUUCCGUUAACGUUGAUUUGGAGCCAGGUACCAUUGACGCCGUGAAGAACUCCAACAUUGGUAACUUGUUCAGACCGGAUAACUUCAUCUUUGGUCAGUCCUCCGCAGGUAACGUCUGGGCAAAGGGUCACUACACUGAAGGUGCCGAGUUGGUGGACUCUGUGAUGGACGUUGUUAGAAGAGAGGCAGAGGGUUGUGACUCCUUACAAGGUUUCCAAAUCACCCACUCUCUCGGUGGUGGUACCGGGUCUGGUAUGGGUACCCUUUUAAUCUCCAAGAUUAGAGAGGAGUUCCCAGAUAGAAUGAUGGCUACAUUCUCUAUUGUUCCAUCUCCAAAGACGUCAGACACCGUUGUCGAGCCAUAUAAUGCCACCUUGUCCAUUCACCAGUUGGUUGAGAACUCGGAUGAAACUUUCUGUAUCGACAACGAGGCCUUGUACGAUAUCUGUUUGAAGACUUUGAAGUUGAACCAACCAUCGUAUAACGAGUUGAACCAUUUGGUCAGUUCUGUGAUGUCCGGUGUUACUACGUCUUUACGUUACCCAGGUCAGUUGAACUCCGAUUUGAGAAAAUUGGCUGUCAACUUGGUUCCAUUCCCAAGAUUGCACUUCUUCAUGGUUGGUUAUGCCCCAUUGACAUCUUUGGGUUCGAAGGAGUUCAGAUCCUUGACUGUUCCAGAAUUGACACAGCAGAUGUUUGAUGCUAGAAAUAUGAUGGCUGCUUCUGACCCAAGAAACGGUAGAUACUUGACCGUUGCUGCUUUCUUCAGAGGUAAAGUGUCCGUGAAGGAAGUGGAAGAUGAGAUGUACAAAGUUCAAACCAAGAACUCUGCUUACUUUGUCGAAUGGAUUCCAAACAAUGUCCAAAGUGCUGUCUGUUCUGUCGCUCCAAAGGACUUGGAUAUGGCUGCUACUUUCAUCGGUAACUCAACGUCCAUCCAGGAGUUGUUCAAGAGAGUGGGUGACCAGUUCUCUGCCAUGUUCAGAAAGAAGGCUUUCUUGCACUGGUACACAUCUGAAGGUAUGGAUGAGAUGGAGUUCACCGAGGCUGAGUCCAAUAUGAACGAUUUGGUCUCAGAGUACCAGCAAUACCAAGACGCCACUGUGGAUGAUGACGAGGAGCUGGAUUACGCUGACGAGCAAUCUCUUGACGAAGUUCUGGAAUAAGCUUAAGAAGCUUACUUCUUCAAGUCCUUUCCGAUACCCAGACUCACAGCCAGAUAAUUCAACCCUCCAUCACUUUCCUCCUCCGUACCUUUAAUGUCCACGUACUGUGCAACCAUGCCCUCCUCUCUUGCCCACUCCCACCAUACCCAACACGUAUCCCAGCUGAACCCACUGGUCGUUUUUCUUCCUCGCGUAAAGUACCAUCAUGUUCUCUCGGUCUAACUACAUCGUUCCAGCCCUGUCCUCUACA